GUUCAUGAUUGGAGCGGAUCCGGAUAUGACGUCAGAAAUGUUUAUUGAGCAAAUCAAAUCAUUAGAAACAUCUUGGAGUAAGCUAGCUAACGUUAGUUGUCAAAACAUUAAACCUUUCUGAAUAUUUUUAGAAUUGCAAACUCAAAAAAGGUGGAGAUGAGUGCAGAGGCGGUAGACCGUGUGGCUGUGAGCGGCAGCCGGCCGAGCACUCCUCCUCAGACCUCCUGGUUCGAGUUUCUCCUGGAUGAGAUGCUGCUGGAGAACCACCUCCAGAAGUCCCAUCCAGAUCCUGUUCCAGUGCAGCUUGUCAUCCAGUUCCUUGAACAAGCGGCCAAGCCCUCUGUGAAUGAGCAGAACCAAGUCCAGCCUCCUGCAGACAACCGCAGGAACCGCACUCUGAAGCUGUUGGCUCUUAAAGUAGCAGCACACUUGAAGUGGGAUCUAGAUGUAUUGGAGAAAGGCUUGACUAUUCCUGUGUUGAACAUGCUGCUGAAUGAGCUACUGUGUGUGAGUAAGGUUCCACCUGGAGUGAAACAUGUUGACCUGGAUCUGUCCACCUUGCCUCCCACCACUGCCAUGGCUGUCAUCAUCUACAACCGCUGGGCCAUACGAACCAUUGUGUUAAGUAGUUUUCCAGAAAAACAGACAAAACCCGGGCCUCAUCAGAUGAACAUGUUGAAUGUUGUGCAGCAGGAGAAAGAGUUGACUGAAAAUAUCCUGAGCGUGCUGAAAGAGCAGGCAGCGGACUCUAUCAUGGUGUUGGAGGGAUCUCUUGGUCUGAAGAAGGACUUCUACAUCCACACCCUGAGGACUCUGGACCUGCUGGCUGCCGACCCCAGUACUGCUAACGGAGAAACAGAGUCCUCCACAGCAGGCCUUAGGAUCAGUGCUGAUGAGCUGCACUGUCAGGUGCAUUAUGAUUUGGGAGGUAUUUUCUUUCAACAAGGCUGCUCAGACCAACUGGCAUAUGAGAAGGCUAGAGAGCAUUUUCAACAAACACGAGAGUUGCUGUUGAAGUUCGACUUGACGCUUCACGUUCACCUGGAUGAGAAGCGUCUUGCUGGGUACUGGAACGCCUGCAGGGCCCUGACUGGAGCCUUGGACCCCAGUGACACCCAGCUAAACCCCUACGGACAGAUCAACAGCCUCAUCAGAACUCACAACUACCAGGCUCUUGUAGAGGCUUUCAUCAAAGACAAUGUGUCCCUCAGCUUGCCCAACCACCUCAGACAGUCUGUCCUGAGGGAGUUUUUGCACAAAGUCCAGCAAGGGGAGAGGGGCCUGGACGAAGUGUGUCACAAGCUUUGCGUGUGCAACGCUGUUCGAGACGCCCUGCAAGGGGAGGUCCUCAGUGUGCGUUUUCACCAGCUGCUCCACAAGCCAAGGAAACAUGUGGUGGACUUUAUGCUAGAGGUAUGCACAAGGUCAUUAGACAAGGACCGUUCAUCAGAGACAUCCAAGAGGAAGAUGGUUAUUUUUCUAAAAACCCUGUGUGAGAGCUUGGCAGAGCCCCACCUGGUGUUCGUGGUGACCGCCCACAAGCUGUUCACGGAGCUGCUGAAGGAGGAGGAUCGGAAGAUCCUGGUGGAGCAGAUGAGGAAGAGGUCAGCCACGGUCAACCUCUGUGCCAAGCCUCUGCCCUCCUUCUAUGAUAUCCCAGCUGCGGCCAGUGUCAACAUUGGACAGCUGGAGCAGCAGCUCAUCCUCUGCCUGGACGCCCGCCGCAUCCGGCAGAUCCUAAUUGAGCUGCACAGCAUGGCCGAACGACCCUUCUGGCGGGUUAACAACAAGUGGGAAGUUCCUCCAGAUUACAUCAAUGUGAUACUCAACAUCAAAGACAACCUGACCAAGGAUCUGGUGUACAUCCUCAUGGCCAAAGGGCUUCACUGCAUCACUGUAAAGGACUUUGCCCACACGCGGCAGCUCUUCUCAGCCUGUCUGGAGCUGGUGACUGAGUUCUCUCCUAAGCUAAGGCAGGUGAUGCUAAACGAGAUGCUGCUUCUGGAGGUGCGGGCCCAUGAGACUGGGGUGGCUGAGGGUAGCAAUGUCAGACCCCCACCCGACCUGGUCAGCAGGGUGCGAGGCUACCUGGAGAUGAGGAUACAUGAUCUCCCUCUGCGCCAGAUAGUAGGGGAGGAGUGUGUGGCCUUCAUGUUGAACUGGAGGGAGAAUGAAUACCUGACACUGCAGGUUCCCCAGCAGCUGGUCAUGAACAACCCCUACAUCAAGCUGGGUCAGCUCCUGGCCUCCACCUGUAAGGAGCUCCCGGGUCCUAAAGAGAGCCGGCGUACAGCCAAAGAGUUGUGGGAGGUGGUAGUCCAGAUCUGCAGUGUGUCGAACCAGCACAAGAGAAACAGCGACGGACGUGUUAGCCUCAUUAAACAGAGAGAGUCCAGUAUGGGCAUCCUGCAAAGGAGCCGAUUCAUCACAUUCAUCAAGAAGCUUCGGGAACCACUGGUGCUGACCACCCUUAUCUCACUUUUCGUGAGGUUUCAUAGCAUAGUGCGGGAUGAUAUUGUCAAUGAAGUGACAGCAGAAUACCUUGCCAUUUGGCCAUCAACCCUGGCAAACAUGCAGGCUGUGGAUGUGGAGGCGGUGGCUGUGACAGUUAAAGAGCUUGUGACCUACGCCCUUACACUGAACCCCAACAACCAGUCCUGGCUCAUCACGCAGGCCGAUAUCUACUUUGUGACCAACCAGUACUCUGCAGCAUUGCAUUUCUACCUCCAGGCUGGGGCAGUGUGCUCUGACUUCUUUACCAAGGCUGUGGCUCCUGAUGUCUACACUGACCAGGUCCUAAAGAGAAUGAUCAAGUGUUGUUCGAUGCUGAACUGUCACACACAGGUUGCAGUUCUGUGCCAGUUUCUAAGGGAGGUGGACUACAUGACAGCAUUCAAAGCUCUUCAAGAACAGAACAGUCACGAUGCCAUGGAUUCCUUCUAUGACUACAUCUGGGACGUCACCAUCCUUGAAUAUCUCACACACAUCCACCAUAAAAGGGGUGAGAGCGAGAAGAGACAAAUUGCUAUCAAGGCGAUUGGACAGACUGAGCUGAAUGCCAGUAACCCCGAGGAAGUUCUGCAGCUGGCUGCACAGAAGAGAAAGAAGAAAUUCCUGCAAGCUAUGGCCAAACUGUACUUUUAGAUAAAACCGGGCCACCAAACAUGUGGGAGACUUUUUUUAUUCAAAUAAAUAGUUAUCAGUUCAUUAUUUGUACUCAA